GGAGAGAGAAAAUAGACACACGUGGCUCUUCAGAGAACAUGAAGUGUUUCACAGUUUGACUAUGUACAGAGUUGGGUUAACCACACGCAGACCUGAGUGGAGGAGAGGGUAAAGAAGGCGCGGUGAUGAAAGAUCAGCUGAAGAGGUUCACAUGAAAAUUGAAAGUGCGACAAAUGCCAGCAUGCACAGACGACAGAAGGCAAAACGUGGCAGUCAAGCAACGUUACCCGACUGUAAAACAAUGGAGGUUACACCAGCAGAGUCUUCAUGAUGUGGAUCUUUGAGGAGGUUUCAAGCUUCCUUUUUUUCACCCAUGCUGGCGAGGAAAAGGUUAAAGAGAGAAGAUUGCAACAUGUGGAGAGAUGUGCUAACAGUGUAGAUGAGAGAAGAUACGUGAACUAACUGAAGCAGCCCAACACAUGGCGGUUCACAGUUCAGUUAACGGCACCACAGCCAUCCCGUGGAGGAGCAGCAGGAGGAGGCUGUCUCUGCUGGAGCAGCUGAGGAGCUGUCAGGAUGCCUGGUGCCCUGGGACAACCUGGGACAGAGAGGAGGCCCAUGAUGCUCUCUGUGGAACUCCUGCUGGGAGUUUCCUGGUUGUGCGGGACUCUGUGACAUCUCAGGCCAGUGUGCUGUGUGUGUCUGCGGGGGGAGAGGAUGAAGAAGUUAUUGAUUAUUCCAUCAAAAACACGGGAACAGCCUUCCAGCUCUCUGAGUCUCGUCUUUGUUUCACUGACCUCGCUCAGCUCGUGCUCUUCUACUCUCUGACCAGGGAUGUUCUGACUGUUUGUCUGUCCAUACCUCGUUGGAUCUACAGCGUCACUGAAAAGAACAGAAAUCGUCUCUCUCAGCUUGUACCUCAAACUUGGCUCUGCACUCCACCUGAGCAACAAGCAGAAGAAAUGACUGACACAGGGCCAGGCAACUUAAUGUGCUCCAUACAGCUGACCUCCACAAACGGAGCCCUGUGCAUCAUCAACCCCCUCUACCUCCGUGAACAUGGAGAUGAUUGGCUCACUCGCAGGGCGGCAGCCUCACAGACUGCCACACAGCCGUCACAAUACAAGCGAGAGCGACGCCUCAGCACCACCAGGACCUGGGCGGGGGCGGGGCUUCAGAGUAAACGAGCCAUCUCGUUAGACCAGGAACCCUCUGCUGCUGGUACAGAGAGCUCAGGUCUAAUCAGAGCCAAGUCAGCUGAUUCACCUGAUAGCCCAAAAAAACCAUCAACCCCACCUUCUCCAGCAGGAGUGGUUCUCAGGAGGCCCAGCAGAGAUUCUGUCCCCAGCCUCCCUCAGAGAGGGAGCACAGGAAGCCUCUCUCACAGAACGAGCACAGGAAGCCUCCCUCCGUCCACUCCCUCUACCCCUGGAGGUUCAAACCGUACGUCCCUGGAGCUGCAGCCCCACGGCAGCCCCGUGCCUCAGUCUCCUCACAGGGUGUCCUGGAUCGAAGAUGGAGUCUGGCUGCCUCCACCCAGGCCUAUCUCUUCGCUCCAUCCCCCAUCACUGGAGCUGGACUCUCUGUCUAUCAGCAGCAUAGAGGAGGAGCAGGAGUCCCAAACGCAUAGUCCCACCCCUCACCACCAGUCAGCGCACUGGUUGGCUGACAAAGUCAUCCAUCGCCUCUCAGCGGUGGGUCAGGCUCUCGGUGGGCUCGUCAAUCAGAAGAAACGACUGACCAAUCGUGUGCAGGAGCUGAGCGAGCGGAAAGGUGCAGCAUUUGCAGAAGCUGUGAAAGGAUUUGUGGAGUUGACGCUGAAGAGAGGGGCUGAACCUGGCGGUGUCACGGGGUCAGAGUUCUUACAGGAAGUAAGGUCCUCGCUCACAUCGCUGAGGGAGAUGCUCCUGGACUAUCCAGAAAUCCAGGCAUUGUUGGACAGCUUAACUGACAUUAAUGACUUAGAGAUAGACUCUCUGGUGGAGCUCUCCAUUCAUAAAGUUGCUCUGAAGCCCGUCUCUGCACACCUCUACUCCUGCAUCCACACCGCCCGGACCGAUGACGGCACCUUUGAGCGUCUCCAGAGCAACCUGCGCGUGCUGGAAAAGAAAGACAUGGAGGAGCUUGGAGGGUCAGCGGGGCUUGGAGUCCCUGAUCCUGCCAGCCUGGAGCGGAUCCAGCAGAAGUGGACGAGCAUGCAUGAGGCAUACUCCCCAAACAAGAAGGUCCAGAUCCUGCUGAAAGUCUGCAAAAGCAUCUAUCACAGCAUGAGUGCUAACUCAAGCUCAGGUUCAGUGUUUGGAGCAGAUGAUUUCCUCCCCUGCCUGACGUGGGUGCUGCUCCGGAGCAACGUGGUCACAUUACAGAUAGACACAGACUACAUGAUGGAGCUGCUGGACCCCACACAGCUGCAGGGAGAGGGUGGAUACUACCUCACAACCCUGUACGCCUCCCUGUACUACAUCAGCAGCUUCCAGCCACGAUUGGCCGCCCGUCAGCUCAGCGUGGAGGCCCAGAAAUCUCUGAACCAAUGGCACCGCAGGCGCACCCUGCACUGCAACCAAUCACGCCGCAGCAAUAACCGACGUACCAUUCGCAGAACGCCGUGCCGGGAGAGGAGAGGGGGCACGCAGAACUCAGAGACAGAAACUGGGAGUAAAGAGGGAAACGUGGAAGGAGAGAUUGCUUCUGUAGAUAAUGAGGAGUCACAGCAGCGGACGGAGUGCCCCACAGAGGCUCUGCAGUCCCUGGAGGAGGAGAAAAACACAGGACAAGAAAGUGAGGAGGAGUCACAGGUGUCCUCUUCAGCAUCAGACUGCAAUCAGGAAAAUGUCACAAAGAGCGAACAGGACAGAAGACAAACUCCUGUUUCAGAAGAAGAGAAAAAUCACAGAGGACUGCACCAAAGAGAAGAAGUAAAAUGGAACUGAGAUAAUGGAAACAUGUCGGUCAGGCUUUCUUUUUUUGACCACAGCUUUCCUUAUUGGGCUGAACUCACCUGAGAUGUGCGACAGUAGCACACAGCAUGUCUUGAAGAAAGGAGAGAGAUGAAAUGUGACAUUCAUAAUACAGUAGCCUAAAUUAGAGCUUGCAAACAAUAGAUUGUAUUGAAAAAGUGAAGCUAGUGUAGCGCAGACUUGUGCCUGCAUUCUUUCUAGCAGCCAGUAGGGGGCGACAAUGUGCCUUUUGUUCAUUUUUAAAAUUUUAUUUAUACAAUUUUUAUAAGUUAAAUUUUUUAUAAAUAAUAAUCACUUUUACCAGAAGGAGAAAAUAGCCUUUUUUCCCUCCAUGUGCUCCUGAAGAUUUCUGAUGUCUUUGUUUAAACUUUAUGCCUUAAGUCUCUUCAUUUCUUUCUUAUUUAUGAUGAAGGCUGCAAACAGUGCUGUUGAACUGUUCUCUGUGACUUUGUGGACCUUCUUUGUAAUUUAAUUCUUGAACAAACAGAGCUUCCGGACUUGAAAAGGUAAGCCUACUCAGUGCCUCAGAAAACAAGAUAUUUUUAAUAUCUCUGAUUUCCCUUUGUACCACUAGAGGGCAGCAUUACACCUUCUAUACGGCUUUGGUGCUCUGUCACUGUUUUCUCUUCACUUUGCUGGGUGUUAACUGGUCAUUUUCUAUUAGCAAUGCAAUGUAUUUGUACUGGGGACUAUGUUGAACAUAAAAAAUAAUCAUCUUUAUCUGUUCAAGUUGUUUUAAAGAAUCUAAAUUGGAAAUGUCAGCUCAUUUAGCAGCUUCUGUCCAGCAGGUGGAGCUCUGCAGAUUAGAGUUUGGAGAUGACCUUCUACACAUGCACACUCACUUUGAAACACUGUACUGCUUGUACUGAUAAUGUUGUAUUUAAGGUCUGCUAGGAGCUGUAGUGGAAGUCAAAGCAACUUUAUUUUUUAUUUAUUUAUUUAACCUUUAUUUAACCAGGUGAGUUAAUUGAGAACCAAUUCUCAUUUGCUUUAGGCAUUUUAUGAAGUUAAAUUAUCAGCUGCAGUAAAGAAGUGUGAGGUGUUCAUGCAGGGACUGAAGGUGAAACACUUCCAUAAACUUACUGAGAGUUUUAGGGAAAGCAUUGAAAUAAAGUAAUGUUAAAAAGUAA